AUAAGUCAAGUACCUCAUAAAUGAAACCUUGUUCGAGCUUCUCUCCUUUUGUUUUUCCCCCUAUUUCUGCAUCCAAGUUUUGCAGGAUGCUUGAACCUCGCCGUAGACUUCUUCAGCUUCGCCGAGUCAUGGCGGUCACGGUCAGCUUUCUUAGCUCUACAGUUACUUUGCUGGCAUCAAAUGAGUCACGUCCAGAAGAAGAAUCUGGAACGGGAAACAAGAUACCUGUUAUGCCCGUAGUUGUCACUUCAGCCAUAAUCCUUUUUUUCUUGGUAAUGGGUAUCAUUUGUUGGAAAUUCUAUUUUCAAGACAAGUACAAGAGAGAACGAGGUACAUUGAAAUCAACAAUCUGGGCUCUGAUUCAUGGACACCACAACGCCUUGACGGUGGCUAGUGGAGGAGGAGUGUGCGCUCCAAAACCAGAACUACAAGAUGAUCUCAAGGGGCUUGAUCUGAAAACUGGCUCGUUCACUCUGAGGCAUCUAAGAGCUGCCACAAACAAUUUUGAUUCUGCAAACAAGAUUGGAGAGGGUGGUUUUGGGUCCGUGUACAAGGGUAAGUUAUCAGACGGGACUGUUAUUGCUGUUAAGCAGCUAUCUCCUAAAUCCAGACAAGGAAACCGUGAAUUUGUGAAUGAAAUAGGCAUGAUAUCUGGUUUAAAGCAUCCCAAUCUUGUAAAGCUUUAUGGAUGCUGCAUUGAAGGAGACCAGUUGCUGCUUGUAUACGAGUACAUGGAAAACAAUUCCCUUGCUCGCGCACUGUUUGGUACAGAAACAAGUGCUCUUAUGUUGGAUUGGCCAACAAGAUUUAAGAUAUGUGUUGGGAUAGCCAGAGGCUUGGCGUUUCUCCAUGAAGGAUCAGUAAUCAGGAUUGUUCACCGAGACAUCAAAGGUACAAAUGUGUUGCUGGACAAGGAUCUAAACGCCAAGAUAUCAGACUUUGGACUAGCUAAGCUCAGUGAAGCGGAGAACACUCACAUUAGCACUCGAGUUGCUGGAACUAUAGGAUACAUGGCUCCAGAAUAUGCACUGUGGGGUUAUUUAUCAGACAAGGCAGAUGUUUACAGUUUUGGGGUUGUUGCUUUAGAGAUUGUCAGUGGAAGAAGCAAUUCAAGUUACAAUCCAACAAACGAAAGCGUUUGUCUUCUUGACUGGGCAUUUGUAUUGCAAAAAAGAGGGAAUUUAAUGGCGCUGGUGGACCCAAAGCUGCGGUCUGAAUUCAACAAGGAAGAGGCUGAAAAGAUGAUCAAGGUGGCUCUCUUAUGCACCAAUGCAUCUCCAUCUCUAAGGCCUACAAUGCCAGCAGUGGUGAGUAUGCUUGAAGGACAGACCAGCAUCCAGGAAGUGAUCUCAGAUCCUACCAUAUACGGUGGUGGUUCUCAAUUUAAACACGUCAAAUAUGACCACUUUCAACAGGUUGCAGACCAGAGCUGCAGCACCCAAGACCACGUUUUUUCAUCUGAUAAAACAUGGAAUAUAUCCACCUCCACGUCUGCCCAUGAUCUUUACCCACCCAGUCCCGAGUCCACGCAUUGUAACAUUAGUGAAUCUUCUUCAUCUUGUGUUUAACAAAGCCGAGAUAUGCAUGUAUAUUUGGAACUUCUUUUACAUUUAUAAUAUAGAAGAAACACAUUUCAUUCCCGCU